GCUAGCCUAAAAGCAGCCCUCGGGCCGUGUGCAUGUGCGUCAGGACCCCCUGGCGACAAUGAGGGCUUGAGAGCCGUGUCCCCCGCGCUGAGCAGGGAGCGCGGUGGCCGCCAACAGCACCGCCCCGGAGUCAGGCGCUGAAGCUGCGGGCAGGCGGCACCGGCGCGGGCCGGGAACUGCCUGACUCGGUGCGGUGCGGUGCGGCGGCGCAGCUGUGCGGGUUUCUCCCAGACGCCCCGGGGUCGGGUGGCACUGAGCGUAAUCGGCUCCGGUCAACUGCGUGGCUUGCCAGGGGCCGGGGCUCUCGGGGCUGGGAGCUUCUCUCCCCGGGGCAGGCGGUCGGGGAGGCGACGCGGCCAGGCGGCGCACUGAGUUCCCAGCGUCGAGGAGCGCCGGACUCGGGGCGGACGGGCAGACGGCGGCUGAGGAUCGCGGCUCCGGCACUUGCGAGCGCGGUGACCUUGGGUCAGCAGUUCCAGCUGUUUACCCAACUUCUGCCAAGGCUCUGAAAUGCCAGCUAUGUCAAGACCUGCACAUGAUGUCAAAGGUAGCUCCCCAACCACAAAGGAGGAGGCCGACUCGGAGAAGAAUUCUCUGACCUACCCUAACGUGGGGACGAAGGAUCGCAAGGCAGUGACCAUCCUGCACUACCCGGGGAUAGUCACAAGUGGAGCCAAGUCCAGUGGGGGCCUUGCCAUCUCCUCCGGCCCUCCGUCUCCGAUACUGAUAGACUCUUCUGCCACCAGCUUUCCCAAUAAGCCCCAGCCCUUUAACCUGCUUGCUUCCCCUCACCUGCUGGCCAGCAUGCAGCUGCAGAAGCUUAAUAACCACUAUCAUGGGGUGACUGUGGUCACCCCCGGAGAGCCUGAGGAGGAAGAACCCCUGUGGCCUCUUGGGGAUCUGGCUGAAGGGGCACAGUCACCUCCUCCUAAUGAUGCCCAGAAUCCUGUCAUUGAUUCAGACCCAGUAGAUGAGGAGGUGCUAAUGUCGCUGGUGGUGGAAUUGGGUCUCGACCAAGCCAAUGAGCUUCCUGAGCUGUGGCUGGGCCAGAAUGAGUUUGAUUUCACCUCGGAUUUCCCAACCUGCUGCUAAUGGCCAAAUGCCCCUAACGGUGGAAGAAUGAAACCACCCAUACUGAUGUAAAUAAAAAUAAAAGUUACCUGCAAAGUGA